GAAGCGAAUGGAUGGAUGGAUGGAAUGAUAGGAGCCAAAAAACUCUGUGAUCCAGACUUCUUCCAGAGAGUGUGUACAUCCAUUUCUGUAAGAUCCAGAGAGGAAGCCCAGCAGCUGGAGUCUCUGCUGCAGCUCCUGGGCUUCCAGCUGCUGUUAACAGGAGAGUUACACAGGAAAAGCUGCUGGUCUGUGGGGAGAGUUCUCAGACUGUGUGGCUCUAAAGUGGAUCUCAUCCUCACACCCAGCAAGAUGUCUGCCAGAGGAGCCGCUCUCCUCUUUAGACACACAACACAACUACACAGUCUGAGGCUUUCCAUCGACAUGUCCUUGCUCAUGUUUCAGUGGGUAAGAAGAGGCAGAGUGGUCUGUCCACUGGCUGUGGAAGAGCUUUCUCUUGUGCCUAAGAAAGCUCGACCAUCACAGAGAGUGAUGUUGAGGGCUGUCAGUAGUUUGGCUUCCCUGCUGAGAUACUGGACAGUCGGACAGUUAGACCUGACUGAGACCUGCAUCCCUGCUCAGGGUCUGAUUACACUGCUGCUCCAUGAUGGUCCUCUAACAGUCAAACUGAGUGAAGAGAGCUUCCAGCAGCUUCUGUGUCUCCUCCAUGAAAUCCAGGACAAGGACUUGACGUUGUCCUUCUUCAGUAAGGUUGGUGGAGACCUGACCUCCUGCUGUCUGAACUGGGAGCUUCUUCACUAUCUGCUGCAGCAGGCGUCAGCUCAGACCAUCACUGUGAACCUGAGGAAGAACCUCUUCUUACAGGAGGAAACCACACGUCUGCUUCCCUUUCUGGACAGGAUUGUGUUUAAAAGGCCCAGUCCCAGCUUUGUGAUGAGCUCCAUCAGAGAGCUCUACAGAGCUCAUGACAGUCACGCUGUACCCAGUUUACUGAGGUCACUUGGUCAUGUGAUCAACCUGAGCAGCAGAGAGCUGGACUCAGUGGACUGUGCUGCUCUGAUCUUCAUCCUCAAACACGGAGACAGAGUCAAACUGAACCUCCUGUGGACCUCCAUACCAGCAGAGGGAGCAGAGUCCAUCCUCUUCAUGCUGGACAACGUUUCUCAUCUCAGUGUUGACAGGAAUCAGCUGCUCAGGUUCAUCCACUGCUGUGCUGCCUGUGACGUCCAGCAGGAGGCAGCGUCAGGCCUGCUGAGGACUCUGCAGCACAGCUUGGAUCUGUCCUGCUCCUCCUGUGUGGAGCUACCAGAGGAGGAUCAGCCUGAGCCUCUGAGUCUGACUGCUGAUGACUGCAGGGCCGUCUCCACCAUCCUGACACACAGCAGCCAGGACACACAGCUCGACCUGCGAGACUGUGAGGUGGAGGACAGCGUGCUGGACCUGCUGUUUCCUGUCCUCCACAGGGUCCGCCUCAGAGUCAGUAAAACUGUCCUCCUGCAGCUGCUGUCUCUGGUUCCUGUGAACAGUGAGAGGGACACAGUGAGGCGGGCGGUGUCCCUGUGUAGAGCCCUGGGUGGAGAGCUGGAUCUCAGUCACAGCACGCUGGAUCAGAGGGUCUGUGGGUCUUUGGUCCAGAUGCUGGACUCGUGUGAAGGGCUGACAGAGCUGGACCUCAGUCACUGUCAGCUCACUGACCAGCUGCUGCUCCCUCUCAUCACACAUCUGCACAAAGUCCAAGUCCUGGAUCUGAGUCACAAUCAGAUCACUGAUGCUUCGACUGAUGUGUUACUGCAGCUGCUCUCCAUCAACCCCUCCAUCGACUGUGUGCGACUCUACAGCAACAACAUCGUGCACAGAGCAGCCUUCAAGGAACACAAGCAGUUUGAGAUAUGUCUGAGUCACAAUCAGAUCACUGAUGCUUCGACUGAUGUGUUACUGCAGCUGCUCUCCAUCAACCCCUCCAUCGACUGUGUGCGAUCAGAGGAGGAGCAAACAAAGGAACUUGAAGUGGAGAUGCUGGAAAUCCAGGCGGCAGCUUCAUCAAUAGAUGACUCUGAGGUCAAACCGGGUCCAACUACACCAGACAUAAAUCCCAAAGAUGUGAAGAAGCUUCCAUCCAGCUUCAUACCUGAAGUAAAAAAUGAAUGUGCACAAAUCUCCUACAGGUUCAAGUGUCCUGGUUCAGGUUUGUUCCACUGUAUUCUGACUGGACUGGUGUUUGAUAUGACUCGAGAGGCAGAGCUCCUGUACAAAAUCAUCCAGUGGGAUGAGAGCGUCCUCCAACCAGCUGGAAAGAUGGCUGCAGGGCCACUGUUCGACAUCAAAUGUUGUGAGGAUGCUGUCCGUCAGCUACACUUCCCACACUGUGUAAAAACACAGGAAGCUCUGCUCUCUGAUGGCCUCCUGUCUGUUGCCCACUUCACUGAUGAUGCAAUGAGCUUCAUCAAACCACUAAAGAUCACAGAUACUCAUGUGAUUGUCGAUAACCCCCACCUCUCUGCCUUUGGCCUUGUCCUGGAUUUCCUGAUGGGCAUUUGGAACAAGCAAGUUAAGGGGCAAGUUUUAUUGUUCCUCAGUCCACCAAACCAUGCAAAACAGACUCAAAACAUCAAUGUGCUUCUUCUGCCAAGAAACAUCCCCAUGACUGAGGUAAGCAAGCAUCAUCAACCUUCCCACUUCAUCCUGGUGCCUUCUGCGUGUAACCUCAUCAAAAAUACGACCUACACCGUUCACUGUCUCGUGGCCAAUAAAAUCCAACCCAAA